UACGUGAACAUUUCAUCACAACUUGCAUUAAGUCAUUAAUGAGCUUGUUGUUGUAAUAGCCUUUUACAGUUUUCAGUUGUUUUUGGUCUUGUUUUUACUGUUUUUCGUCCUUUAUCUCCAGCGUGGGAGGGCACUUAUUUUGCCUUUCACCCUUUUGUUCAUUAGUAUUCUGUACUCACUCUUUGAAGACUUUUGAGAUCUGUGCACUAUAAAUUUCUGUCGUCUUCUAAGUGAAAGUCUGUUUUGCUACAGUGACCAGUAUUUUGUGGAUCAGCAGCAUUUUGCUCACAGCUGCUUUAGGGAUCAUAUCAGGCGUGGCGGGAAUGAAUGUUUAAUCGGUAUCGGUUGGAUCAGAACACAUCAUAACUGGGAACUGGGUGUCUAAUCUUUUGUUAGUAGUGUUGUAAUUGCUCUAAAUUUCCCGGGGUGAUGGAUGGGAUUUGGAAAGGGUUGUGGACUUUGAUUCUCACAACACUCAUUUUUGAAGAAUCUAGAGGAUUCCAGAUCAGGAAUGAAGAGCUGAGAAAGUGUGUACAGGUAAAUGAAGACCAGGUCAGCGGUAGGUUAAGCCUGCAGGAGUGCAGAGCAGAUUCCACACUUCAGGAAUGGCACUGGAACCCUGUGACCCGCACCCUCAGCAACCCACAGACGGGAGGGUGUUUAACUGCACACCAGAUCCAGGACCUAGAAAUUGUUUGGUUACAAGCUUGCAGGUCCGGGGAACAGGAUUAUGAGGAUCAGACCUGGAGUUGCUCUAAAAAGGGUCUCCUGACAUUACACGGCAAGGGCCUGCACCUAAGUGCACUCCACGAUUCCUCCAAGCUCUUCCUGUCCAAAAGUCGCGGAAAAGGCAACAAGUGGAAGACGUUGGCUAAUCGAACAAUAUGCGAGGAGGCAGACGGGACACAUGAUGGCCAGAAUGUGUUGCAAGAAUCUCAGCAGACACUUCAGACUGGACCCAGAAUCCUCACUAAAAUUCGCUAUUGGCAUUCUGAGAGUAUUGACAUGACUGCCCCUAAGACCACUGAAGUAACACAGACUUCAUUGCCUGAACCUCAAAGUAGCACAGAACAUGAGGGACCUUCUAUUAAUGUAUUUACUGCAGACUAUGGGAUGGGCUGGAAAAUGACAAUGAUGCUUUUGAGUUCCUUGGCCCUGUUACUUGGACUUGUUAUCCUCAUUCUGAACAUCUAUCAAAACAGGAGGAAGAGGACUGUUGUGGUGCUGAAAUCUUACACUCCAACAGGAGAGGUCAGUCAACCAGGUUCUCCUGUACCUAGUGAGAGAGCCCCUCUAACCCAGCACCUCAUGAAACCUGCCCAGUCACCUUCUUUCCAGAGAGGCGAGAUCCUUGUGGAGUGGAAAGAUGGAACAGUCACCCCACUGUUUGAAACAUACCUAACUGACUAAGAUCUGUACUUACAUUUACAGUUGUUUUGUAGUAAGAUCUUAUGUGAAGGAAGGGUUUAUUUCACAUAUCCAACAUCUUACAAAAUCCCAGACAUCUGUUGGGACUGCUGCGCUUUUGAAAACAGAAUACCUCCUUCUGCAGAAAAAAAUGUUGAAUUUUGAAAAGCUGAGGUUGGGCUGUGAUCAAAGACAAUAUUCUGUGCCUUGCCAAAAAGAUUAAAGGUAACAUCAGUUCAAAUACAUUUUGAACUACUACCAUAUUAGUACUGUGAUUCUGUUUGAUAGAUUUCUGUAAUUUAAAGCCAGAAUGCCUGAAUAUGUUUAAAACUAAUGUCGAUUUUUCUUCAACCGCACAUGCCUAACAGCACUUAUUUUUCUUUAAGGUGAAUAGUGUUUACAAUGGUAAUUAUUAUAGAAUUAGUGGAAAACAUACCAUUACACAGGUUGAAAUCACAUUUUACAUUUCUAAAUAAACUUUUUGUUGACUUACAAACUGUGUUUUAAACUUGUUUUCAAUGUGCAUCAGAGCACCACCUUAAAUGUUUUGCCAGGUUUAUAAUUAUCAAGCUAACUUUACCUGUUUCUGUUGACAUAUCGCUUUGUAAAGAUCUGGUGUGAAGGACAGCAAAAAUGGAAAACAUGUCUGUGCAGGCGUGUUGGAAGGGUUGAAAGACUGUGACAUGUUUAGAGUGGGAGAGGGACAUAAAUGAGUGGUUUACAUGUAAGCAUGAAAAAUAAUAGCUAGCAAAACUUGUCUACAAAUCUAAUUGGUGGAUUACGCACGCUCAUUCAUUGAAAAAUAUGUGGCUUCACAAUUUGUAGGCUAAACCUUACAGAUGAUAAGAUGAUUCUGACAAACCAUAAAAUAAAGCAAUAUUCUUUUGACUUCAAUGCGCCAUUAAGAUUAAAAGUUCAUACUUUCUUCUGCAAACUGAAUUUGUAAGAAUUAAAGGCCUUUUCACACAAGGACAGACCUUGCCUUAGAGACGGGACAUAUUUCAAAGGUUUCUCUCACAUCUGCAUUCCACAGUAAUUUUGUGGCACUGUGGGGUUUUUUCUGCAUGGUUUGUAAACUAAUGGUUUCAAAAAUGAAGUUUCACAUGUGACCGUGAGAGUUGCAUAUUUACUUUUCUGAAAAACAAGUAUGCAACAUUCAUAUGCCCAUUUUUCUUCUCGUGUCGUAUGUGCUAGCUAAAAUUCUUGUAAGGUAACAGCCAUGACGAUUAAGACAUGUUUGAACCAAUACUGUAGGGUGUGAUCACUCUUUGAAAGCGAUGUCUUUGAACAGGUGUGUAUUCACAAGUUUGCCAUGUUUCAUUGCAUAAUGUUUGGUUUUAUUUUGUUAUUAUUUUUAUGAUUAUGUAAAAUAGCAUAUGUUUGUGCCACCAUACCUUGAAUGUAUCAGUAUAUAUCUGAAUGUACUGUAUCUGUAUCACUUUGAAAUGCUACAUAUGCAUUUCAAAAACAUUUUUUUGUCACUGAUAUAUAACUGUAUAACUGAAUUUGUAACUACAUCAAUUGCCUGUAAUUGGCUUUGUACAGAACAGAUGAUGUGCUCUCCCAUAGGAUGUUCAUCCAGAUAAUAGAGGAUGUCCCCACCCAAAAUAAUAUGACAAAGUCUCUAUAUCUGCUUCUUUGGCCCUGUUUCUAUUGGCUAUGUGUUCAUAUCUCCAAUCACCAUCUAUUCUCGUCUCCCAUAGGCAUACAGUUGUGCAGUUUAGUUGUAAUGGUCCUGUGCAGCAUCUACACUUGCUUCUAAAAAUCCACAAGGAAGCUAAAGAAACUAGGAAGGAUCUGAUAAUUUAAAUAAUUCCUGAGGUAAUAUCUGCUUAAUGAGAGUAAAUGGACAUCCCUAAACAAAAAACUAGAAACUAGGCCUAUUUGUGUAAGAGAAUGAGCUUUCUCUUUCUUGAAUGCAACAGGUCACUAAUACACUGCAGGUUAGGUUUGAUCCAUGUUUUUUUAGAUUCCAACAAACAUGGCUUUUUAACAGGAACUUUGAAAAACUAGGUGAUUCUUUG